UUUCUAUUGGCGUCCCUCAAAUCAAUGUCUGAACACUCGUCGCUCAGCGCCGAGUCCCGCGGAAGCCCGAACCUGUCCAACCAAGGGCGAUUCGACCCGCUGUCGUUUACGCUUUCGUCCAGCGACAUGAGUGAAGGCAACACGCACGGCACUGGAGUUGGCGGCGCCAGUCAGGAGCAGCCGUAUCCGAACGCCUCACGCUCGGCCGGCCACCUGCAGCACCACUCGGGCCCAGCAGGAGCAUACACACACGCUGAGCUGGAUGGCGGCGACCGACACCCCGCAGUGUUCAGUCGGAGCGCAAGUGCAGCCGAGAUGGACCAGUACGCCAGAUUGGCCGAAGCGCAGGAAGACGCCGCAGACAGCAUGAUGGGCAGCGGCGUCACAAUGCUGGCUGCUGGUGGUGCUGCCGGCGGGCUUCCUGGUCAACUCAGUGGACGGUUUCGCGGACCAACGGACGAAGAGCGAAUGGCUGCACCGCGCGUCGCGCGAAUGACAGUCGGUAGCAUGUUUGGAGCAGUUGUGCUCUCGCUCUGGGAUCACAUCAUGGGCCCGCGAACCCUGAAGGUCUGGCAAGGAGACACUGUCCCCGAAGAAAUCACCACAUACGUUACCAAGCACACGCUGAACGGCGAGAUCUGCCGCCCAGAAACGGACACCACGAUCGAACCAAAGUUCUACAUGUUGCCAGAAAUCGGAUAUGCCAUCUCGUCGUUUGUCUUUACAGCCAAUUUGUCGAACGAUCUGCACAUUUUCUCGCUUUCGCUCGUGAUGCCCAUCAAGCACGCGCAAGAAUACCUGCAAGUGCAUGCUGUAUGCGAAGACCGGAUGGUAUUCUUUGUACGCCGUCUCCAAGCGCAUCUGCAGCUUCAUGCUGCCGAGCAGGCGUUGAACGACCUCUCCCCGGUGAUGCUUGCGGCACUCGACAACCUCAAUCACGCCCGUCAAGCGUGCAUCACCGAUAUCGACAUUGCAUUUACCGCGUUUGGAGAACACAUGCAAUCCCGGUUUGAUCAAGGGUUUUUGACGAGGGUUUUGACAUCGCAUUUGCAAACCUGCAUGUGCUCGGUGGUCGUUGGCUCCGACUUGGAUCAAGUGAACGCUAUGAUUAAUACCUUGGCUUUGUUUAUGCCUGGCAACGACCGGCAACGAUGCCGUUUGUCGACCGAUUUGAAUGAAAAGUACAACCCAGAACUGAUGAUUCAAGGAUUGUUCUAUAAGCCUGGGGAAAGCUGGGUUGCACGGGAUGAAGAAAUCAUUCUCAACCGCUUGCCAAGUACCAUCAUCGAUCUCAAUACUCAGGAAGUCCACCGCACAAACCUGUUCCAUCAAUACAAGACUCAGCGAAACGAGUUCCUUGAUUCGGAGAUUAACCGUUUGAAGGACAAGAUCUGGACUCCAACAGCACUUUUCCGAUCAGUCAAAGACGCAGCACCCAGUGUCAAGUCCUUCCUGCAUGAGAUCUCACGCAUUCGGCCAGGAUUUCUCCAAGAGGCGUUCGCGCAACAGUUCCAGCGCCUAUUGACUCGACGAGCAAUGGGCUUGAUCAAGUAUCUCGAAGCGGAGUUAAACUCUGGAACUCGAUUCGAUCGCGAGAAUUCCAUGAAACUCAUCAAGUCCGACCUUGGCCUCAACGCAGAGAACGACUUUUUCAUUGUUCUCGCCAUUGCCGAGCGGUUGCGCGCUGGUACUUUUGUGGAUGCCAUGGGUGAUCCCCGUCUGACAGAAGCCAAGCUGGCGAACCUGUUGAAUGAUCUGUAGAGAGACAUGUAUUCAUUUUUUCUUUCGUGUAUGGCUUUGUUUGUUGGGUUUCAAAUGUUAUUUCAAUCGGAAUUAGCUUUAGCACAA